AGAAAAUCAUAGAUACUGAGUCUAUUGACAUGGUUAACUUGCUUAUUUCAAGUCCUUGUUACACGGUGCCAUGAUUUUGUGCUUUGCGCUUUUUGUUCAGAUUGAGACGGAGAAACUCCUAGCGCAGUUGGUAGAGAAUGAGAUGAACAAGAGAUUGAAAGAAGGUACUUACAAAGGAAAGAAAUUCAAUGCUAUCUGCCACUUCUUUGGCUAUCAGGCCCGGGGUUCUUUACCAUCGAAGUUUGACUGUGACUAUGCCUAUGUUCUUGGGCACAUCUGCUAUCACAUUCUAGCUGCUGGUUUGAAUGGAUACAUGGCAACUGUGACCAACCUGAAAAAUCCCGUGAACAAGUGGCGAUGUGGUGCUGCUCCAAUUACAGCAAUGAUGACUGUAAAGCGAUGGUCGCGGGGUCCUAAGGCCAUCUCGAUAGGCAAACCUGCUAUUCACCCUGCUACUAUUGACUUGAAAGGCAAAGCAUAUGAGAUGCUGAGACAAAACGCCGCAAACUUUUUGAUGGAUGACUUCUACCGAAACCCAGGGCCUCUUCAGUUUGAUGGCCCAGGCUUAGAUGCUAAGCCCCUGACCCUGUGUGUUGAAGAUCAGGACUACAUGGGACGGAUCAAGAAGCUCCAGGAGUAGCUUGACAAGGUGAAGUGCAUUGUGAAACCAGGUUGUUCACAAGAUGUACUGAAAGCAGCCCUUAGUGCCAUGGCUUUUGUUACAGACAUUCUUACUGUAAUGACUUCACCUUCCAGUGUCCAGACUCACUUCUAAGUUAAAUGAAAGUUGCCAUCUCCUUAGGAGUCCAAGCAAGAGCAGCAAGCACAAGGCCCUGAACCCUUUCAUAUUUGUUUUCUUCAUAUUUUUAUUCUCUGUGAUAUCAUUAGGAAAUUAGGAUGCUUUUUGCAUUGAUUUUAACACUAUCUCCUGCCCGCCGCGCCAAGCAUUUUGUAGCCUGCUUUAGGCCUGAAACUUGAAUAUGAUAGUACAAUAAUCAUGAGUCUUGUUAAUGUACUGUUUUUGGGAAUGCGAUACAGGCGUUCUAUCCUCCU